CUUGGUUAAUGGAAUGCAUGGAAAUGUUUAUCUUGUGGACUAUUGUCAACAUUUUUAUCGUAUAAUGUAACUUAUCAGAAUUUCCAUUCACAUUUAAAACUCGUCGAAAGAAUUGUUGUUUGAAAUACAUGUAUGGUAAAGUUGAAAAUAUAAAGGAUUUAAAAUUAACUUUUAAAAAUUAUGUAUCAAUCAAAUAAUACAGAUAAUAAUACUUCACAUUAUUGUUCAGACUAUGCAAUGGGAAAUUGUUCAUUAUGUAAUCAUAAUAAUAAUUAUAAUAAUAAUAAUAAUACAAAUUAUGGUCAUGAAUAUUUACAAGCAGAAAAUGACACGAAUAGUAAUGCUUCAUUCCAAAAUUUGUAUAAUAUGUCAAAUUCUUUAUCAUAUCCAUUACUUAGCAGGGAGUUUCAUAGUACACUAACUACUAGCAAUAAUUCACAGAAUAUAAUUUCAACAGAUACAAUGCAAUCAGAGUUACCAUCAAAUUAUGUUAAUAAUAAUCACUUAUUGAUGAAUACAAUCAGAGAUUUUGGAUGGCCAUAUUUUGAAAAAUCCACAUCAGCUUUUUCACUAUGUUCACAUGGAAAAUCAAAUUUCAGUACCAGUUAUCGUGAUUGUCGUCUGCGUUAUAUAAAACAAACAAGAAAAUUACAAAAAUAUCUACGUGUUACACCUGAAGGGCAUAUACUAGUGAAUAAUCCAAAAAUUGAACAUCAUCAGCAUAUACUACAUCAUAAUUUACAACAAUCACCUAGUACUUAUUCAUACAAUCAUUCCAAAGUAAAUAAUACAUUAGAAUGUAAAGAUAAUUUUAAUAAGUAUUCAACAACUAAUCAUGAUCUGUGCAAUAAUCCAUUUGGUUCAUUAAUAAGUACACCGAAAAUCAAGCGUAUCUAUACAGCAUUUUGGAAUUUAGAACCACGUGAAAGUAUUACAGUGCAUAAAUUGCCAUCAUCAAAAACUAUAUCAUCAUUUAACCAAUCAACAACAACAACCACUUCAUCAUCAUCAUCAUCAUCAGUGAAUCAUCAUCAGUAUACAAAUGGUUAUAAUUAUUAUUUGAACAGUAAUAAGGAUGAUGAUGGUGAUGCUGAUGAACACGAUGAUGAUGAUGAUCACGAUGAUGAACACGAUUAUAAUCAUCCAUUGGAAUCCGCAAUGCAUAAUACUACUACUUCACAAAAAACACUAGAAACUUUAAUGGAAGAUUCUAUCAAUGAUAAAUUAUCAGAUUAUUAAAUCUAGUCAUUGAAAUUGCAAUGCCAAUUCGAUUGAUGUAGAAUGUAUUUUUUAAUUAAUUUAUUUAUUUACUUACUUUUGUUUUUUUUCAAUUUACCCGUUAUGAAUGCCAGCAAAAAUCAAUAACAGAUUAUUAUUACUAUUAUUCUCUUAGUUCUGUAUACAUAUACAUACAUACAUACAUGCAUGCAUAUGCAUAUUUUUUAUGUACAUGAUAAAAAAUGCAUUUAUUUGAUUGAAUUCAGACUUUCAUUAUUGAUGUAAUUUCG